GUGUGGAUGACGUGAAGGGGCGAAGAUGGCGGCCAGCGGGAAGCGGCCUGAGCACCGAGGGCCGCCCGAGUUGUUCUACGAUGAGUCCGAAGCCCGGAAAUAUACGCACAACUCUCGGAUGAUUGGGAUCCAGUCACAGAUGUCUGAACGAGCUGUGGAGCUUUUGGGUCUCCCAGAGGGCCGUCCAUGUUUCUUGCUGGAUGUGGGCUGUGGCUCUGGUUUGAGUGGGGAUUACAUCUCUGAAGAGGGACACUGCUGGGUGGGCAUGGACAUCAGCCCUGCUAUGCUGGAUGUGGCUAUUGAGAGAGAAGUGGAGGGAGACCUGAUGCUCGCAGACAUGGGUCAGGGGAUUCCCUUCAGGCCUGGGACCUUUGAUGGCUGCAUUAGCAUUUCUGCAGUGCAGUGGCUCUGCAACGCUGACAAGAAGACUCACAGCCCUCCAAAACGACUGUAUCGAUUCUUCUCUACUCUUUAUACUGCACUGGCCCGUGGAGCCCGAGCUGUUCUGCAGCUUUAUCCAGAGAAUGCUCAGCAGCUGGAACUCAUCACCACCCAAGCCAUGAAAGCAGGCUUCGCUGGUGGCGUGGUGGUGGAUUAUCCCAACAGUGCCAAAGCUAAGAAGUUUUUUCUCUGUCUGUUUGUUGGUCCAAGUGCUGUUUUGCCAAAGGGUCUCGGUACGGAGUGCAGUGAUGAAGAACCGGCACAGGCAAAAUUCGUCUGCGAAAGAAUGCGGUUUAAGAACGCCAAAGGACGGUCAGUGAAGAAAAGCCGGGAUUGGGUGCUGGAGAAGAAGGAGCGGCGGCGGCGGCAGGGCAAGGAAGUGCGGGCAGACACAAAAUACACAGGUCGAAAGCGACGGCCUCAUUUCUGAGACUCCCAUCCCGCCUUUGGGACUGCUUCCGUUCUACGGAGUACGGCCCCUGUCACUGUGGCCUCUUAGACGGGAAGAUGCUGGCCGAAGCCCUGCGUCUGAACCUCCACAUGGGCCCACGUCCCGACUGGUUCUAGUCUCCUUGAACCACAGCGAGCAAAGGCUGUUUGGAGAGAUGGGCUGAUACCCACUGGCUUUGCCCAGCCUUCGUCUUGGCCUACUGCAGGUCUGCUCUCCUAAGCCUUUCUUCAGCCGGGCUGAGAAGCUCCAGCUUGGUUCCCCUCACGUUCCUUCUCGAGCUCAGCUGUCGAGCCACAGCAGCAACGACUGCAGUCCUGCUGGUUUACUCCGUGCCCUGCAAGGGUUGGGGGAGACAUUAAGAAGCUUUGGAGAACCUGAUGGUAAAGAACUCCUGAAAGAGGGCUAUAAUAAAAUUAAAACUGAUGACUCAGUGGCUGUCACUUUGCCAAUCUCUGGGCCUGGCUGUCCCCGUGUAGCUCAUGGUUUACCUACGGGCUGGUUAUGGUAGAAUUCUGCCCACUUGGGGGCUUGCCCUCCUUGUCUUAAUCCUACUCUUUAGAAAUCUCUCCUGUGGUUGUUAUAAUCUUGAGAGCGUCUUGAGCACAGACAUUCGUUCUUUGCCUCCAGCCAUGUUGCAAUUUUUGUUUGUUUGUUUGUUCUGGGACAGGAAGGAAACCCACAGAACAUUCAUUGUCCAGAAAAUUAUGCACUGGCUGCUGUUUGCAUUUUUCUUUAAGAAAC